GCAUCACAGCUGACCUCUUACACAUCCAUCUGUCUUCCACUCAUCCACCUCCUUCUUUCUCUCACUCCCUCCUCCCUCACACACUUCAGUGGGGUGUUGUUGAGUCCAGCGUUGGCCUGAUAAUCUGACACCCUGCUGUUUCUAGAGCCUUCUGUCCAUUUCCAUGGUGACCUGAUCAAACUAGCACAUGGUUGGUAGAAGACAGAUGGAAUGUGUAAAUAAUCUGGGAACGCUCUCAGGAUAAUAUCAACAGGGAAAGCCAUCAGGAUAAUAUCAACAGGAAACAGCUUGAGGAUAAUAUCAACAGGGAACGCCGUAAGGAUAAUAUUAACAGGAAACACCUUGAGGAUAAAAUCAACAGGGAACACUGUCAAGAUAAUAUAAUCUGGGAACACCGUGAGGAUAAUAUAAUCUGGGAACACCGUGAGGAUAAUAUAAUCGGGGAACACCGUGAGGAUAAUAUAAUCGGGGAACACCGUGAGGAUAAUAUAAUCUGGGAACACUGUAAGGAUAAUAUAAUCUGGAAAUGCCUGUGCAUCAGAUUUCAGUGGUCCCGGCCCAGGAGUCUGCGGGAGAUGGACGCAGCAUUGCUCGCACCAAAGACAAGACCGAGAGUAAUAAAGGACAGGCAGGAAUUCGAUCCAGAAACAUCUCAAAGGCUAGUUUUUCUACAACAGGGUUGGCUCCUAGCAGCGUUUCCAAGAUAACCUCCAACCCUCCCUCCUCUCAGGGCAUCAGCCCAGUACCUCUGUGUCGUGUUAAGGAGGGUUGUGACACAGUGAUGGCUGUCUGCAGUGCAGCAUUAGGCUCCUCCAAAAAAAAGAAAAAACAGAAGAGGAAGAGAGACUCCGCCCCCGAGGGUCCAGCACAGGAGGACCCAAUCCAACACAGCGACCACAGCAGUGAUCAUGUCAGGGGAAAAGGGGAGACAAAGGAGAGGAAGAGGGAGAGGAGGAGGGAACACCCUCGACACCGUAGCUCCGCCCACCCAGAGUCUGAUUCCUCGUCGUCUGAUGGGGAGGCGUGGAGGGAGGCUAGGAGCUGGAGCAGAGAGAAGGCCAAGAGAGGGCGUCGACGCAGUGCAAGUCACCGAGACAAGGAGGCCUGGGGGAGGCAGGACGGAGGAAGAGGAGGAGGAAGAGGAGGAGGAAGGGACAAGAUUGAGCUGCAGUCUGUAGGUUCUGGUGAUGGGAAGGAGAACCAAGAAAAAGUGGUGUCACUGGAGAAUGGCUCUGGAGUGAAGAACAGGUGGUCAGAAAGGGGAGGAGCAAGGAAGGAGAGGAGGAGCUCCCCGCAUCAGCAGGGCACAGGCUCAAAGUCCUGUAGCCCUGCUGGCAGCACAUCGUUGGCUGAGGAAGCAGAGAGGGAGGGGCAAAUCACUAAGCGUUACCAGGAGAGAGGAACUGGGGGCGGAGACAUGUCUGCUCCAUCACCACGGAGAUAUGGGGGCUGCAAUGCACCAGAUGUCUGUUCAGAUGAUGAGUUGGAGGUCUGCAGGAUCUGCCACUGUGAAGGUGAUGAAGGGUGUCCACUGAUAACUCCCUGUCACUGUACAGGCAGCCUGGGGUUCGUCCACCAGGGCUGUCUGAACCAGUGGAUCAAGUCCUCUGACACACGAUGCUGUGAACUCUGUCAAUACGACUUUGUUAUGGAGACACAUCUUAAACCACUACGCAAGUGGGAGAAGCUUCAGAUGUCCACCAAUGAGAGAAGGAAGAUCUUGUGUUCAGUGAUGUUCCACCUGGUGUCCAUUGGCUGUGUUCUCUGGUCCCUCUACGUUCUGAUCAACAGAACCCUCCAUGAGAUCAACCUGGGACGCAACACUGAUGACAUGUGGAGAAUAUCAGUUGUUAAGUACUACACUGCUGAGGGUGUGCUGGAAUGGCCGUUCUGGAUGAAGUUGGUUGUCGUGGCGAUUGGCGUGACUGGCGGGCUGGUAUUCAUGUACAUCCAGUGUAAGGUGUACUGGUCGUUAUGGAAACGCCUCAAAGCCUUCAACCGCGUGAUCACCGUGCAGAACUGCCCUGAGAAGUCACCACCCACCAAUGCUGCGCUGGCCAAUGGGAAGCACCCUGAGACUGUGGAGGUCCCCAUAGGCCCCGCCCCUGAAGUCAUUCAGACGGAUUCUGAUCCUGCAGAGGAAAACCCUGUCUGACACACACACGCUAAUACACACACUGCACACACACCAUACACACUCACACACACACACACACAUGCUAAUACACACACUGCACACACAC